GGACAGUAUCCACCAGAACUGAACGCCUCAAGUGUUGAGCAACCAAACCCUAGAUUUACUUUUACGUUUUGUUCUUUUCCAUUUGUAAAGUUUCACUUGGGCAGAAUGCACUGCAAAAUCUUUUUAGUCCCUGUUAUCAUUUUCCUUGGAUUCCUGACCAUUGGUGAAGGAAUGAGUCUUGGCGGUCUGGCUGUAGAUCCACGCUGUCGCUGCAUUGAAACUGAGAGUCGACGCAUUGGAAAACACAUAGAGAGUGUGGAGCUCUUCCCUCCCAACUCACACUGUAAAGACACAGAGAUCAUUGCAACCCUGAAGAUAUCUGGGAAAGAGAUCUGUCUGGACCCUACUGCACCCUGGGUUAAGAAGGUCAUUGAGAAGAUCAUUGCCAACAAAGCCCCAUGAAUGUCAAGGCCAUCUGUGGAUUUGAGCAUGAAAAUAUGUAUGAUAUGGCAGCAUCUUACAUUUUAACCUGUACAUUUUGCAUUGUCCUGCUUUUUGUAUUGAUGUUUAAAACAGUUUCUUCAAUAUUGAGUGUUUUUCACAUAAGUGUUGAGUGUUGUAUUUAUAUUAAUGUAUUUAUUUAUUAUAUUUUUAAAUAAAAUGACUUUGUAUUAA